GACACCAUGGAAUUCAAGGUCUUCGUCGUGCUCUCCCUCGCGGCCGCUGUCUUCGCUCUGCCCGAGACUGGUUAUCCGAGCCACGAGGAACCAGCCAAGUACUCGUUCAAGUACGAGGUGAAGGACGAGCCAUCUGGCAACGACUUCGGCCACCAGGAGGCUCGAGACGGCCCCCACACUCAGGGCGACUACUUCGUCAAGCUUCCCGACGGCCGCCUGCAGCAGGUCGCUUACACCGUGGACGGCGACUCCGGCUUCGUGGCCGAGGUCAGCUACGAGGGAGAGGCCCAGUAUCCCCAACACCAGCCAACCGGAUAUGCCUAAAUACUGCUGACUGGAAUUCAACGACAGGACAGUAUUUGUAAUAAAUAUAUAUAACAUCAUCUAGGCCAUCGAUUUAGCUUUCCUCGUUACACGGCUAUAAAUAAAAUCAUCAAACACCUGA